AUGAAGAAGAACAUGAACGAAAAGAAAAUACUAAUUCAUUCAAUAAAAUUAACAAUUACAGAUAAUAUAGAACCAAUUGAAAUAUUAUUUUGGAAAUUGUUUAGAAAUAAAGCAAUUUAUAAAAAGAUAUUCUCAUUUAUGUAUAACCAAUAUUCAUUUAGUUACGAUUCAGUAUCGUCAAUAACUAAACUAAUAGAUUCAAAUCAAAUUAGUAUUUUAAGAGAAAAAGCUUAUAGAAAUUGUAGAUAUUUAGAAUUUGGUGAAACUUGUUGGCGUAAAGAGUCUGAUCAAUCUAGUUGGCAUCUUUUAAAUUCAAUCGAGACAGGUUCAAAUAAAAUCAUCAAAUAUAUAUUAGAAUUAAAAAAAUCAAACUCACCAUCAUCAACAUCAUUUGAAACAUCAUUAAAUAACACUGAUUUUGGUGAGAAAUCAAUCGGGUUAGAUGAAAUUCCAAAAAAUGAUAAUAUUUUUAAAGGAUUAUUAUGUUAA